CGGCCUUAACACUGCAGUUAACAGCUUGAAGUAGCUAUGCUAUUGAAUAAAAGUCUGUAUAGACAAAUGUUGUAACUUGUAUGUAAUCAUGACAAUGUUUGCAAUAAGUGUUACAGUGGACUGAGGAAUAACCCCAAAAAAACCUACAGGUUGUGCAAUACAGUAAAGAGCCAAAAAUUGUCAUAGUUGUGUGCAUGGCUCCAUUUGGGCAUUAGAGUGACUCUAUAAAUAGGAAAUUGUUCAAAUGCAAAAGGUUCAUUAUUGGUGAUGUGAAUGUGACCAUGAGUCACAAGUAUAGCCAAACAUGUAAAGACACUGAGUGCUUCUCAAUACUCAAAUUGAUGCUUCCUCGUUUCCUCGCUCCUCCGUCCUCCAGCCCGUGACCCGGAAACCAAUCGAAUUCAGCCAUCUUGAAGGAUAUCUUAAUUCUCUAAUUGCACCACAGAGAAGGCGAGGAACGAGGAGUGAGGAAGCUUCCAGAGGAGCUAUGAGCGAGGAUGCACAGAGAUCAAGCUUUCACAGACUCUGCUGCACCAGAGGACUUAAAUGAAGAGGAAUACCAGAAUUGCACUGCGGUGAAGAAGACCGAGAGGGAAACAUGCUCUAUUAAAACUAACACAGAAACAGAGGAUAGCAGACACAGCCCAGCACAAAAUGCCGAAGGUGAUGCCUCUGCUGAGUCUGAACACCAGACGGCUGGUCCGGAGGUGAUUUAUGAUGAUGUACCCUGUGAAGAUUUGUCCUCAGGAGAAGCUGACUUGAUCUAUGAGGAUGUUCAGAAAGAGGAGGGCUUGCAAGGGCCCAAAAAUGGCUGGAGCUCAAGUGAGUUUGAAAGCUAUGAUGAGCAGUCCGACUCUGAGAGGGCGCCGACCCGUAGCAAGCUCUCCCCCGAUGUGCGACGUCUGAGAGAACGUUACACCAGGACCAAACAGGAGCUAGCCAUGAGACUGGGGGGCAGACAUCAGGUUCAUCAGCUGAUGCGGGCGGCACGUAGCGGAACGAAAGAUGGCCUGGAGAAGACCAAAAUCGCUGUGAUGAGGAGAGUUUCAUUCCUACAUAAAAAGGACCACUCAGAUGACACUGAGGAUGAUACAGGGUAUCUGGAUGUAAUGGUAUCUGAGGCAAAACACCCACCUGCGCAACUGGGACCAAUGCCAGAUGGGCUUAGCAGCCAACAGAUUGUCCGACGCCACAUUUUGAGCUCUAUUGUGCAGAGUGAGAGGAGCUACCUGGACUCUCUUAAACGGAUCAUACAGGAAUACCAGCGACCUCUGAUGGAGGCCGAGCCUCGGAUCCUCAGUGUCAGGAAGAUCCGGCCCAUUUUUUUCCGUCUGUGGGAGAUCAUGCAGUGCCACUCCAUGUUCCAGAUUGCCCUGGCAUCUCGGGUGGCCGAAUGGGACUCUUGUGAAAAGAUUGGGGACCUGUUUGUUGCUUCAUUCUCCAAGUCCAUGGUGCUGGAUGUAUAUAGUGAUUACGUCAAUAACUUCACCAAUGCCAUGGCCCUCAUUAAGAAAGCCUGCAUCUCUAAACCAGCAUUUCUGGAGUUCCUCAAGAAGAAGCAGGCAUCCAGCAUUGACCGUAUAACCCUCUAUGGUCUGAUGGUGAAGCCUAUUCAACGUUUUCCUCAGUUCAUACUCCUCUUGCAGGACAUGCUGAAGAAUACUCCCACUGGCCAUGUGGACAGGCUGCCCUUACAAUUGGCUUUGACUGAGUUGGAGACCCUCGCUGAGAAACUCAAUGAGCAGAAAAGGGUGGCUGAUCAGAUCACUGAGACGCAGCAGCUGGCUCGCUGUGUCAGUGACCGCUCUCUCAGCAAGCUGCUGAACUCUGAGCAGAGCUCUUUGAUCCUUUGCGAGACGCUGAUUGAGACGGUGUAUGGUGAACGAGGACAGGUCCUUAAAUCUAAGGAGAGGAAAGUCUUUCUCUUCGGUGACAUGCUCAUCUGUGCCAACAUCAAUGUCAAGGGCCCCCCUGAUAUCAGCAGUCUGGUUCCAGUAGGUCCCAAGUAUAGCCUGAAGUGGAGUGCCCCCUUGCAGCAGGUUCAGGUAGUUGAAGUGGGUCAAGAGGGCUCCCAAUCUAAGGACACUCUUUACCAGCUUGGAGGCGUCAAACGUUCGGGCAGCUCUUCGGGACUGGGAAGUAUCAUCCUGGGUCCGCCCCGUCUGUAUCAGGAACUGCAGGAGUUGCAGCACGACCUCUCAGUGGUAGAGCAAGUCACUCAGCUCGUGGGGACUUUACAGGGAACGUACCAGAAUCUGAACACUACGGUAGCACAGGACUGGUGUUUGGCGUUGCAAAGGCUGAUCCGGAUCAAAGAGGACCAAAUUCAGAGUGCCAACAAGUGCCGUUUACGAUUGCAGGUCCCUGGCAGACCAGACAAGUCUGGGCGUCCUGUAAGCUUCACUGUGGUCUUCAACACACCAAGCCCUGUCAGCAAGAUCUCCUGGGUCAACCGGUUCCACCUAGUGAAGAUAGCACUGAGGGAUGAAAACACACCGGGUUGGUUCUCUGCAGAGGAUUAUGGGAAGACCAAAGCUCAGUUUUGGUGUCCACUUCUGGCCUACCGCAUGCCUGUUUUCACCUCCAAAGCCCAGGAAUGGAAGCUGGAGGCUGCUCUUCAUAAUCCUGUUCAGUGUGCUUUACUUGGUGUUUCAGCGGUGAGCACUUCACUUCCUCAAGGCUACCUCUGGGUAGCCAGUGGUGGGGAUUCUUCUCAAGGCCAGGUGGACAUUUUCUCCUUGAACAGACCCACACCUCGGCCUGUAAAAUCCCUCCAGAUGGGCGCUCGAGUGAUGUGUCUGGAGUAUGUGCCUGAGCCCACCCCUUCAGAGGACGCUGAAACCGUCCCUCACAACUCCACUGGAGUUGGAAAUACUAUUUGUGUAGGACUUGAUGAUGGCAGCAUCCUGUUCUAUGGCAGUAUGGACACGGCCGCCCAGUCUCUUCUAACUCUCUCUAACCCAGAGGGCUGUCCAGUUCUGUGUCUCAAACAUUCCGGUAACUUCCUGUUCGCUGGCCUGCGGGAUGGAACGCUGAUGGUUUACGGGAGACAUCACAGCGGGGAACUGUGGAGCCAAGACUCCUGUAGAAAAGUAACAGUUGGUUCAGAUCCCAUCAGGACCCUACUUGCUUUGGAGGACUCGGUCUGGGCUAGCUGUGCUAACACAGUUACUGUAGUUGAUGGCUCCAGUCUGUCCACUCAGAGAUUUGAGGUCCAUCAGGACCCGAUGGUGAGCGUGUCCCACAUGGUACGAGCCGGAGGGGGUGUAUGGAUGGCCUUUUCAGAAGGUUCCUCUAUACGCUUGUUCCAUACGGAAACCCUGGAACACUUGCAGGAGAUCAACAUUUCCACACCAUCGUCAUUUUACAACCCCAGUCAAAGAAGCAUGAGAGUUACCAGCCUGCUGAUUUGCCAGGGGCUGCUAUGGGUGGGAACUGCCCAGGGCAUUAUCAUCACCUUGCCUGUGCCCAAGCUGGAGGGCAUCCCCAAAAUAACAGGUAAGGGGAUGAUAUCUCUCAAUGCACACUGUGGGCCUGUGGAUUUCUUAGUUGCCCUUUCCAGCACUUUAUCUCCUGAUCUUCUGAAGCGGGAUUCUAUGGUGGAAGGGCAUGAUUCGGCCUGUGGGGCGGAGGAUCGGAGUGACUCGUCGUCUCAGGAAUCUCUCCAGCAGCCCAAUGUUUCCGGCCAUGUGGAGGGCAAAGGGAAGGGGCGGGGCUUGUUGCUACAGUACCGCCUCCGCUCAACCUCAGGGUUGCCUGGGCGACCGUUAACCGCACGAGGGGACGAAGCCUCAGACUCGUCUUUAGAAUCUCUGGAACACAGCAUGGAAGAUGGCUCUAUUUACGAACUCAGCGACGAUCCAGACAUGUGGGUCAGGGGUCAGCCCUGCAAGAGGGAAGGGGUGAGGAGGGACAGGGUAACCUCGGUGGCGGUCAUCUCAGGCGGGAAGGGCUUCCGUCGACUGAAAGAGGGUUCGAUGGCGGCCACCACAGAAAGCAUGCUUAUGAUCUGGCAGCUUCCUCUCGCUGUUUGAGCUGAAAUUAUGUUUAAGGAAUAGUGAAAUUUAAAUGUUGUCAUCAUUUACUCGCCCUCAUGUCAUUCUACACCUGCAUGUUUUAUUGUACUGAGAUGUACUGGAGACUCCUUUAAAUGCAAUUACUACAAAUGGAAACAGAACUGGAAGACGUUGUCCGACACCACUUCACAGACGCUGAGUGAAAGGAGAAUUUUAGAAUUGUAGGACUCUUAUUUAUAUCACACUUUAUUCAACAGGAAAAACAGCUCUUUCUAACAGUCCCUUCAGUUUAGCGUUACAAUCCGAUCAAGCGUUUACAUGUCCUCUCGAUCGGAUUUGGAAAGGAAUAAACUACCCCUUUUAAUCGGAUCGAAAUUUCAUUCGGAUCGAGCUCAGUCGGAUCGGUUAAGGUGUAGGCUUUUCAGUCCGUUUGAGCGUCAAUCUGAUUACUAAUGAAUUAUUUGGUUGCAUGUAAACGUAGCCAGUGAGUUGACCAUUAAAACUGAAUCUUGAACAAGUCAUCCAAACCGAUUUUGUGAACUGGCUCACCUGAUUCAUUUAAAGAAUUCUGACUCAAAAUAAGAGUGGUUUACAAAUCAGACAUCACUAGGGAUGGAUGCCAAGAUUUCUGGUGAAGAAUGGUGUAAGUUUUGAUCUGUUUCUUCACACAAAGCUCCAUUUUUGUGUGCUUUAUUGGCAUUUUGGAGCCUUCCAGUUUAACACAGUCUCAUCCCAAGACGUUAUAUAACUGACGUCCUGGGACGUCUUUUGACCAUACGUCAACAUCCGCCG